AUGAGUUUAUCUCCCCAAACCCCUAAGCCAGAGACUAUGCUAACGAUGUUUCAUGGAGGCUCAGCCUAUCCCGAUAGGGUUCUUGUUGCCGGUGCUGGCCCAGUCGGUCUGCUCAUAGCACUUCGGUUGGGCCAAGCUGGCAUCAAUGUUGAUGUUAUCGAGAAAGAGGAGAGCCUCAGUGAGCGUCCGCGCGCCACUGGAUACUAUGCAGCUGCUUUGUUGGCGUUGGAGAAAGCCCGGGUGCUUGAUUCAGUAAAAGAUGCAGGCUUUUCCACGCACGGUCUAUGUUGGAGAAAGCCCCUUGUCGAUGAUGGCAGCGGUGGUAAGGCAAUGGGGGAUCUCAUUGCCAAAUUGAUUUUCCCGGACGCCGAUGGCCUUGGAAAUGGUGUGAUAUACCCACAGUCUGAGCUGGGAAAACUGUUAUUUAGAGAAGUUGUUGCUACUGGAUUCGUGACGUUUCAUUUCGGUCGAGAGUUGUGCGGUAUUCGGGAGGAGGAUGAUUCGGUCCUGGCUACUACGCAGACACGGGAUGGCAAGGAGUACUUCCGGUGUGCAUAUCUCGUCGGAGCUGAUGGUGCAAAGUCAGCAACGAGACGACUACUCGACAUACCGUUCAAAGGAUACACCUGGCCAGAACGGAUUGUGGCUAUCGACGUGCUCAUGGAAAACAAAGAUGUCGAUUCCCACGUUCAUACCUCUCUCAUCGUCGACCCCAUCAACUAUGGCGUCGUAUCGCCCUUGGUCAAACCUCAGGCGGGAAAGAAAACCAUGUAUCGAUGUUCCAUUGCAAUUGAUCCGUUAGAUACCCGGUCCGACGAUGAGCUUGCCGCAGAGGCUUCUGUCAUGCCUCUACUUGAGAAAACGAUUCCUGGACCAAGACCGCUAGAUAUUGAAGUCAAGAGGAUCUCGCCUUUCAAAAUGCACCAGCUCUGCGCGUCUACCUUUAGGAGGGGUCGAUGUGUGCUUACAGGUGAUGCGGCUCAUUUGAAUAACCCAUUCGGUGCUAUGGGUUUAUGUACUGGCAUCAUCGAUGCAGAUGCAGUUUCUGAUACCCUAGAGCUGAUCAUCAAAGACGGUAAACAUUUGUCCCUCCUUGACAUCUACUCCGACGAGCGACGGAGGGUUUUCCAGACAUUUGUCGACCCGGUCAGUGCGCAGAAUAAACUGCGCUGUGCAAAUGAUCCCGAUACCGCGACGGAGGACUGGUUCAUACGAGCAGUAAUGAAUUCUUCUGAGGCUGAGAUAGCGAGGUUGGGCAGUGCCUUUUUUGAUGCGUGGGGUACUGAUAUGAGAACGCUCGUGGAGUCAAGUUGAUUGGUGUGCUGUGUCCAGAGAUAAGAAUGUUAGGACUUUAUAGAGCUACAUGAAGAAUUCAAUAUGGUUAUGGCGGAUUCCUUUCUUUAAAAGACUGCAUAUGUAUCUGUCACUAUUAUGUAUAUUGCAACCGGUUCCCCCCAGUCAAAAGGAUCGCGAUUGAACGAGUGUGUCAAUGGUCACCACACCACACCCCCAGACUUCAGCGGCAGAUGAAGCAUCCGAUGCCCUGAUGGUGUCGGCUUGGGCAACUGUCCUGCACGAAUGUUGAUUUGUAAAGACGGAUGAAGUAGCUUUGGCUCCGACAUCUUCGCAUCCCG